UUCGCCUUGUUGGCGAUGGUGGUGUUCGCCAUCGCCCAGGGCGUGACCGACAAAAUCGCGCCGGAGGGCGGUGCCCCCGCCGGCUGCAAGCCCACCCUCGACGCCAAGUUCGAAAUCACCAUCAUUCCAUUCAAAGGUAUGGCGAAGAAGGACAUGGCCAUCGAGGCUCGCACCACCUUCUCGGGCGACCAUGGCAACCUCGUCCUCCAACUGGCCGGCGGCAUCCUGACCGACGCCCAGAACCGCACCGGGUACAUUGCGUCGAACUUCCAAUUCCAGUUCGACAACCCCCCGCAGACCGGCGCCCUCUAUACCGCGGGCUUCUCUGCAUGCACCAACGGCUCGCUCGCCCUUGGCGGCUCCGCCGUCUUCUGGCAAUGCCUCUCGGGUACGUUCUACAACCUCUACGACCGCUGGUGGGCCGCGCAGUGCGAGCCGGCGCUGAUGGUUGCCAUGCCUUGCGGCGGAGGUGACCCUACGGUUCCUCAGUCGGGCACAACCGUCGGUACCGAAGUUGUCACCAACACCAUGGUUGUGCCGCUCAGUGACGGCCAGCCGCAAGUCGUCACUACCACAAGCAUCGUAUACAUUUGCCAGAUUGGAGAUGGUUUGAUUUCCUUCCCCAGCCCUUUCGAUAUCACUCGAAGCCCCCUAGAAUUGAGACCUCAAUUGACAUGA